AUGUCCAACCUACCAUAUGCUGCUGAUGCCGAAAGCCCGUUGAAGCCAGCGGAGCUUCAGGUCUUACGGGCACAGUACGAGAAGGAGGGGGACUACGUUGGAAUCCAGACUAAAUUCAACUAUGCUUGGGGCCUAAUCAAAUCCAACGCUCGCUACGACCAACAAGAAGGCGUCCGUCUCCUCUCUGAAAUCUUCCGCGCCGCCCCUGAACGUCGCAGAGAAUGUCUCUACUACCUUGCUCUCGGAAACUUCAAGCUCGGCAACUACGGCGAGGCCCGACGCUACAAUGACCUGCUCCUGGACAAGGAACCGGCGAACAUGCAAGCGGCUAGUCUGGGGCAGCUUAUCGAUGACAAGGUGUCCAAGGAGGGAUUGGUGGGAAUUGCGAUCGUGGGUGGUUUGGCGCUUGCUGCUGGUGUGGUUGGGGGUAUGAUUUUCAAGGGGGCUAAGAGACGGUGA